CCGGAGCCUUUCUGGGGCCUGGGGGAUCCUCUUGCACUGGUGGGUGGAGAGAAGUGCCUGCAGCCAACCAGGGUCAGGCUGUGCUCACAGUUUCCUCCGGCAGCAUGUAAAGGCUCCACAAAGGAGUGGGGAGUUCAAAUGAGGCUGCUGCAGACGGCCUGAGGAUGGACCCCGAGCCCUGAGCCGCCCUGCCCGAGCCCCGGAUCUGCAGAGCAUGGCACUGAGGCAGCCGCUGGCCCCCGCCGUGAAAGGAGGCAGGUUGUAAGUGGCCCCCCGCAGGACCCCCCCCCCACCCCGGCCAGCCCCCGCCCCAUCCCUGGCCCAAGCCCGGCCGGCCGCGGAGCAGAGCAGAGCAAGCAGAGGCCAGUGAGGCAGGGCUGCUCGGCGGCCAGUCCGGCCUGCGACUCGGGGACCCCUCCUGGAGGCCAUGGACAGGCUGCCCUUCUGACGGCUGGGGUAAAGCAUGUGAGGAGCUGCCCCGGGGAGCCAAGCAGGAGUGAAGAGCACAACAAAUGCUGUGUAAAGGCAGCUUGCCCGUCUCUUGCUUCUCCACUCCUGCCCAGCAUCACGUGAGAUCCUGGGACAGAUAGCAAGGCAGCCAGGACCCAGUCUGACCAGAGGGUGGCUUCGGGGCUGAGAGGGGAGGCCAGACACGCCUCCUGCUCAGGGCCCAGCUCCUGUGACAGGAUCACUCUGGCUGCUGGGUUGAAGAUAAACUGCAAGAAGCAAGGGCAGGGGCAGGUCCAGCAGCAGACCAGGUCGGUCCAGGUGAGAGGUGAAGGUUUUCACAGGCUCCGUUCGCCAAGAGGAACCACCAUUUUGCAAGGACCAUGAGGCCGCUGUGCAUGACAUACUGGUGGCUGGGACUGCUGGCUGCCGUGGGAGCAGCGGCAGGCCAGAAGGAAGGCUUGGAGGGCGCCGAGGAGGGCUCGCCCGGCGAGUUCAUUUACCUGAACAGGUACAAGCGGGCCGGCGAGUCUUCGGACAAGUGCACCUACACCUUCAUCGUGCCCCAGCAGCGGGUCACGGGCGCCAUCUGCGUCAACUCCAAGGAGCCCGAGGUGCUCCUGGAGAACCGGGUGCACAAGCAGGAGCUGGAGCUGCUCAACAGCGAGCUGCUCAAGCAGAAGCGGCAGAUUGAGACGCUGCAGCAGCUGGUGGAGGUGGACGGCGGCAUCGUGAGCGAGGUGAAGCUGCUGCGCAAGGAGAGCCGCAACAUGAACUCGCGGGUCACGCAGCUCUACAUGCAGCUCCUGCACGAGAUCAUCCGCAAGCGGGACAAUGCGCUGGAGCUCUCCCAGCUGGAGAACAGGAUCCUCAACCAGACGGCCGACAUGCUGCAGCUGGCCAGCAAGUACAAGGACCUGGAGCACAAGUACCAGCACCUGGCCACGCUGGCCCACAACCAGUCCGAGAUCAUCGCGCAGCUCGAGGAGCACUGCCAGCGGGUGCCCGCGGCCAGGCCCAUGCCCCAGCCGCCCCCCGUCACCCCACCCCGGGUCUACCAGCCGUCCCCCUACAAUCGCAUCAUCAACCAGAUCUCUACCAACGAGAUCCAGAGCGACCAGAACCUGAAGGUGCUGCCUCCCCCCCUGCCCACCAUGCCUACCCUCACCAGCCUCCCGUCCUCCACAGACAAGCCGUCGGGCCCGUGGAGAGACUGUUUGCAGGCCUUGGAGGAUGGCCACGACACCAGCUCCAUCUACCUGGUGAAGCCAGAGAACACCAACCGCCUCAUGCAGGUGUGGUGUGACCAGAGGCACGACCCUGGGGGCUGGACCGUCAUCCAGAGGCGCCUGGACGGCUCCGUCAACUUCUUCAGGAACUGGGAGACAUACAAGCAAGGGUUUGGGAACAUUGAUGGCGAGUACUGGCUAGGCCUGGAGAACAUCUACUGGCUGACGAACCAAGGCAACUACAAACUGCUGGUGACCAUGGAGGACUGGUCUGGCCGCAAAGUCUUUGCAGAAUAUGCCAGCUUCCGCCUGGAGCCUGAGAGCGAGUAUUAUAAGCUGAGGCUGGGGCGCUACCAUGGCAAUGCUGGUGACUCCUUUACUUGGCAUAACGGCAAGCAGUUCACCACCCUGGACAGAGACCAUGACGUCUACACAGGAAACUGUGCCCACUACCAGAAGGGAGGCUGGUGGUAUAAUGCCUGUGCCCACUCCAACCUCAACGGGGUCUGGUACCGUGGGGGCCAUUACCGGAGCCGCUACCAGGAUGGAGUCUACUGGGCUGAGUUCCGAGGAGGGUCCUACUCGCUCAAGAAAGUGGUGAUGAUGAUCCGGCCCAACCCCAACACCUUCCACUAAGCCAGCUCCCUCCUGACCUCUCACGGCCAUUGCCAGGAGCCUGACCCGGCCAUGCUGGCCCCGGCACCAGGAACAACUCCCCGCCAGUUCACCUUGGGGCCGGGAGGACGGGGCCGCCGGAUUCUGUUUUACCCGAUCGCUGCGGCAGAUGAUGGAAUGGAAUCAAUACAGUAUUCUCUGUCCCUACUGCUUUUCUUCACAUCAGACAGACCCUCAUGUUUCCACACAGGACAGAACUACAGACAAGUCCUUCUUUAAAUACAUUAAAUCCCUACAAUGAAAACCCAACUGCAAAAUACCUUCGUAAUAUACAUACGCAUGAGCUGAGCUUAUGCACAUGUGUGUGUACCACAUAUAUAUGCAUUUAGAUAUAUACCACGUGUACUAUAUCUAGACACGUAUAUGGGUUUGGUUAUAUACCUAAAUGCACAGACAUUCAAUUCUCAGAUGUUGAAGUUGUUACCAACAGCUUUGCUCUUCGGCGAAAAGCACUGCAUUCACAUGGUGUUACUCGAAUCUGAGAGCAGAUCGCAGACUAUUUAGCUCUAAUUCAAAGAAUAACCCUUGGUGUCCACGUGCCUGAAUUUUUCCAGGAGUGUCUACAUGCUAUUCACUCACAUAGGGGUUCCCUGCUUCCUCGCUAAAGAACGCUUUGGGCACCUGAUCAAAUUUCAACAUCCCCUUCCCUCUCCAUUUCUAUACUUUCCCCCAUUCUCAGGACUUUUUCUCCAUCCACCCAUCCAUCCAACCAUCUAUCCAUCCACUUAUUCAUCCAACACCAUUCAGGAAGUACCUUCUGUACCAGUCGUUGGCCACUCACUGAGGUUCCAGGCACCUUCUCUGCUCUUCUCUACCCUUCACACCCACUCCUUACCUUUUCUGUCAUAUCAUCCUUUCUUUCCAGGCAAACCUCUGAGUAGGAGACAGUUUGGGCUCCAGGUUUCUGGUCAGGAAAGGGAAGGCCAGGCCCCAAAGCUAACUCCCGGCCACGUAGAUGAUGUACUCGCAGUUUUGUAUGUUCCGUUCACACUUUAGCCUACAUGUCAUUUUAACCGUCACAGAAAUAAUAACCUACCUUGCCCAGGAGAUACUCAAGUGAAGAGAAGUCAUCCCCCGAUCAUUGGGGCCCCCGAAUGGCUACAGACCAAAGGUCCCGUGCUCUCAGGCUGACUAGAGUCCGCAUCUCGUCCCCAAACUACACUUCUCUGGAGUACAGGUGCCACAAAAAUGACAACUGGCCGCUUCUCGUGAGCUCCUGAAUAACCAGGAGCCACCGGACCCCUUGGCUGGUGCAUUGCAGCGUGGUGGCUUUCUGAGUCCUGUUGGCCGCGAAGUGUCAGACUCAGUACUACCGGGACUCUUGCCAAGCAGGGAGCAAGAGAGGAGUCAGGAAGGUGAGACCGUCCCCGGUGGGCGUGUGAAUGGGGGUGUGUGAGAUGUUGGAACGUUUGGUACUGUCCAUGUCUGGGUGUGUGCCUAUUACCUCAGCAUUCCCACAAAGUGUACCAUGUAGCAUGUUUUGUGUAUAUAAAAGGGAGGGUUUUUUUUAAUAUAUUCCCAGAUUAUCCUUGUAAUGACACAAACCUGCAAUAAAAGCCAUCAGUGCUAUUUGGACGUA